AUGGAGCAAAAUGUGAAAUUGAAACCAACAGAUGGUGAUCUUCUCAACGAUCCGAUGAGAUAUAGGAGGUUGGUAGGAAGAUUAAUUUAUCUUACUGUCACAAGGCCAGACAUUGUUUAUUCAGUUCAGAUUUUGAGUCAGUUCAUGCACCAACCUAGAAAACCACACAUGGAGGCCGCACUUCGUGUUUUAAGAUUCAUUAAAGGCACACCUGGUCAAGGCUUGUUUUUCCCGGCUGUGAACAAUCUUGAGUUGAGAGCUUAUUGCGAUUCAGAUCAUGCAGGUUGUCCAACAACAAGGAGAUCAACAACAGGUUAUUGUGUUUUUCUAGGAAAUUCUCUUAUCUCAUGGAAAUCAAAGAAACAAUCAACUGUUGCUCGAUCAUCUGCAGAAGUAGAGUACAGGGCCAUGGCAAUCACAUUUCUUGAAAUUACAUGGUUGUGCUAUAUAUUGCGCAACUUAAGAGUUACACAGAAGGGUCCUGCACUUUUGCAUUGCGACAAUCAAGCUGCACUACAUAUAGCUGCAAAUCCAGUUUUCCACGAAAAAACGAAGCACAUUGAAAUUGAUUGUCACAUUGUGAGAGAGAAACUACAAGCUGGUGUAAUUUCUCCUUCCUAUAUUUCUUCACAAGAUGAGUUGGCAGAUAUAUUUAUGAAGGCCUUGGGAGGAGAUGCCUUCAAUAUUUUAAGUCGCAAGUUGGGACUUCACAACAUUCACUCUCCAACUUGA